CCCGGCCGGGAGGGGCCGCGUCCGGGACUGGCUUCGCCGGUUGCCCGGAGAACCCACGACAACAAAAGGCCCGACCGGCGGCGGCGGCGGCGGCCGGGCGGAGCGAACCUGGGUAGUUCUGCGCUGUGCUCGCCGCCGGAGACCGGGGCUUUCUCGAGCUGGAGUCCAGAUCUUACAUAAAAUGGAUAUUUCUCACACUAGAUAUUGAAUAUUAAGUAGAAAGUUAUUUAGUAACAUCUAAGCUGCUAUGGAAGAAAUACCAGUAAAAGUUGCUGUAAGAAUCCGACCUCUGCUGUGCAAAGAAGUUCUUCAUAAUCAUCAAGCUUGUGUGAGAGUUAUUCCAAACACCCAGCAAAUUGUCAUUGGGAGAGAUAGAGUCUUUACUUUUGAUUUUGUUUUUGGCAAAAAUUCCACUCAAGAUGAAGUUUAUAAUACAUGUAUAAAACCACUAGUGUUAUCACUCAUUGAGGGCUAUAAUGCAACCGUUUUUGCCUAUGGACAAACUGGAUCCGGGAAGACCUACACCAUUGGAGGAGGCCAUGUUGCUUCAGUUGUGGAAGGACAAAAGGGUAUCAUCCCUCGAGCUAUCCAAGAAAUAUUUCAAAACAUCUCUGAAAAUCCUAGCAUUGACUUUAGUAUUAAAGUGUCUUAUAUAGAAGUAUAUAAGGAAGACCUAAGAGAUCUUCUAGAAUUGGAAACAUCUAUGAAGGAUCUUCACAUCCGAGAAGAUGAAAAAGGCAACACAGUGAUUGUUGGGGCCAAAGAAUGCCAGGUGGAGAGCGCAGAUGAGGUGAUGAGUCUCCUGGAGAUGGGGAAUGCAGCCCGGCAUACAGGUACCACCCAAAUGAACGAGCACUCCAGUAGAUCACAUGCAAUUUUUACAAUCGGUAUUUGUCAAGUGGAGAAAAACAUGGAGGCCGGUGAAGACGGAUCGUGGUACUCCCGUCGGCAGAUUGUCUCAAAGUUCCACUUUGUGGACUUGGCUGGCUCCGAAAGAGUAACCAAAACAGGGAAUACUGGUGAACGGUUCAAAGAAUCCAUUCAGAUCAACAGUGGGCUGCUGGCUUUGGGCAACGUCAUCAGCGCUCUUGGGGACCCCCGCCGGAAGAGUUCACAUAUUCCAUAUAGGGAUGCGAAAAUCACCCGGCUCCUGAAAGAUUCCCUGGGAGGCAGUGCCAAGACAGUCAUGAUCACUUGUGUCAGCCCAUCCUCCUCAGACUUUGAUGAGUCCUUAAAUUCCCUCAAAUAUGCCAACAGAGCCCGCAACAUUAGAAACAAGCCCACCUUAAACUUCAGCCCCGAGUCAGACCGCAUGGACGAAAUGGAAUUUGAAAUCAAGUUGCUUCGAGAAGCUUUGCAAAGCCAACAGGCUAGCAUCAGCCAAACCAGCCAGAUCCAUCAAGAGGAGACUCCUGAUAAAAACAGGAUCCAUUCUCUUGAGGAGCAAGUAGCUCAGCUACAAGGAGAAUGUCGGAGUUACCAGAAUUGUGUAGAGGAAGCCUUUACCUUUCUGGUGGACUUAAAGGAUGCUGUCAGACUGAACCAGAAGCAGCAACACAAACUGCAGGAGUGGUUGAACAUGACUCAGGAGGUGAGGAAGGCGGUUUUCACCUCCUUCCGAGGGAGCCACAGCAUUGGCAACCUGGAAGAAGGGCCUCAGCAUGUUACGGUUCUCCAGCUGAAGCGAGAGCUGAAGAAAUGCCAGUGUGCGCUGGCUGCUGAUGAAGUUGUAUUUAAUCAGAGAGAACUGGAGGUGAAGGAGCUAAAGAAUCAAGUGCAAAUGAUGGUCCAGGAAAACAAAGGCCACGUGGUAUCUUUGAAAGAAGCACAGAAAGUGAAUAGAUUGCAGAAUGAAAAAAUAAUAGAACAACAACUUCUUGUGGAUCAACUGAGCGAGGAACUAUCAAAACUUAACCUGUCAAUGACCUCUUCAGCUACGGAUCCUUGUGGAGAUGGGCCAGAUGCCAGGACAGCCACAAAGAGGCCGUGUACUGUACCGUUUGAUACUCGUCUGGGGCAUUAUAUUUAUAUCCCAGCCAGACCCGGUUCCAGGAAGGUCUACACAAGUCCUUCUGUGUACUCUCUGGAUCGAGUAGUUGCUGGAUUUCGAACACGAAGUCAGAUGCUGCUGGGUCACAUAGAAGAACAAGAUGAAGUCCUCCACUGCCAAUUUUCUGACAACAGUGAUGACGAAGAAUCUGAAGGCCAAGAGAAAUCUGAAAUUAGAUGUAGAAGUCGCUCAUGGAUUCAAAAGCCAGGCUCUGUUUGUUCUCUUGUUGAAUUGAAUGAUAUUCAGGAUCAAACACAAAAGUCAAGUUUGGGGAAUGAAGAUUUAAAGAUCGAAUGUCUCCAGGAGAGUCAAGAUAUGAAUUUGCAAAAAUUAAGGAAUUCAGAACUCAUACUUACUGAAGCUAAACAAAAAAUGAGAGAACUUACAAUUAACAUCAAGAUGAAGGAAGAUCUAAUUAAAGAAUUAAUAAAAACAGGUAACGAUGCCAAGUCUGUAAGCAAACAGUAUUCUCUGAAAGUAACAAAACUUGAGCACGAAGCAGAACGCGCGAAGGUGGAAUUAACUGAAACAGAGAAGCAGCUACAAGAGCUAGAAAGCAAAGAUCUUUCUGAUGUUGCUUUGAAGGUAAAAUUACAGAAGGAGUUCCGUAAAAAGAUGGAUGCCGCAAAGCUAAGAGUCCAGGUCUUACAGAAGAAACAACAAAAUAGUAAGAAAUUGGCAUCACUGUCAAUCCAAAAUGAGAAACGUGCUAAUGAACUAGAACAGAAUGUAGAUCACAUGAAAUAUCAAAAAGUACAGCUGCAAAAAAGACUUCAUGAAGAAAGUGAAAAAAGGAAGCAACUGGAUGCCGAAAUCAAGCGAGAUCAACAAAAAAUCAAAGAACUAAAGUUAAAAACAGAACAGGAAGAAGCUCUGAAACUGAGAGCUGAGGACCUCGAUGCAUUUAAGAUGAAAAAGAGAAAAGGUUCAUUUGGAACAACAGACCAACUCCAGAAAUUGGAUGAGCAAAAGAAAUGGUUAGAUGAAGAAGUCGAGAAAGUCCUGAACCAACGCCAAGAAUUGGAGGAGCUGGAAGAAGACUUAAAGAAGCGAGAGGCCAUAGUUUGUAAGAAGGAGGCCCUGUUACAGGAGAAGAGCCACCUGGAAAAUAAGAAGUUGAGAUCAAGUCAGGUCUUAAACAAAGAUAGUUUGAAAAUAUCAACUCGCCUGAACUUGUUGGACCGAGAGUUGUCUGAAAAGAAUGUAGAGCUUCAACGCAGCACAGCUGAGGAGCAAGUAAAGAUUUCAGAGCGAGUUCAAGCCCUCCAGAAAGAAAAGGAUCAGCUACAGAGACGAAGGAACAGUGUGGAUGAGAGACUUCAAAAUGGUAGUGUGUUAUCACCUGAAGAAGAACAUGUUCUUUUCCAACUUGAAGAAGGGAUUGAAGCUUUGGAAGCUGCAAUUGAAUACAAGAAUGAAAGUAUCCAGAGCCGCCAGAACUCGCUCAGAGCUUCACUCCAAAACCUCUCUCAUAGCGAAGCAAAUGUCAUGGAAAAACUCAUUUGCCUGAGUCCUGCUGAGAUUAGAGCUAUUCUUUUCAGAUAUUUCAAUAAGGUGGUCAAUUUGCGAGAAACCGAACGGAAGCUACAGUUACAGAAUGAAGAAAUUAAAAUGAAGAUUCUGGAACGGGAUAAUAUGGUUCGUGAAUUGGAGUCUGCACUGGAGCAUCUGAAAUUGCAGUGCGACCGGAGACUGACUGUUCAGCAAAAGGAACAUGAGCAAAAAAUGCAGCUGCUGUUACAUCAUUUUCAAGAGCAAGAUGGUGACGGCCUUAUGGAAAUGUUAAAAACAUAUGAAGAUAAAAUCCAGCAGCUGGAAAAAGAUCUUUAUUUCUAUAAGAAAACCAGCAGAGAUCUUAAGAAGAAACUUAAGGAAUUGGUAGGGGAAGCGGUUCGGCGGCAACUAGUACCAUCUGAACAUCAUGAUGCUGGGGAUAGAGUUCUGACCCCUGAAGAAGUAGGCAUGGUUCCAGAAGAAUUAAAAUGGGCAUCCAGAACUGAAAGUAUGAAAUUAAGUGGAAGAGAAAGAGAAUUGGACAAUUCAACAAGCAGUUUAAGAACACAACCAAAUCCUCAGAAGCUCUGGGAAGAUGGCCCAGAAUUACCUUCAAUCUGUAGCUCUUUAACACCCACUAGUGGGCAUUUGUUAAACAAUGAGGAUAAAGUAGAAAUAGAUGAAAAUCAUUUUACAAAAUCUCACAGUCGACUAUCACCCCAAAUCCAGCCAGUGGGAAAUGUGGGAAAGCUUCAUGGUGUCACGUCUGUAAAGUUGUGUCGUAAAGAGUUACGUCAGAUUUCUGCUUUGGAACUAUCAUUACGACGUUCCAGUCUUGGAGUUGUUGGAUCUAUGACUGCUGAUUCCAUUGAAGUAGCUAGGAAACCGAGUGACUUAAAAACUUAGACCUUUAAUAAUAGAACUUUUAAUUUGGUAGAGGUGUAAGAUUCCUUUGUCUAACCUGUUAGAAAUGAAAGUUUAUGCUCACUAGCUCUUCCUUCAGGAUGAAGAAGGGGAGGAAGGAAUCAUUUUGUAUACUAUAGAUGUGUAUAUCUUCUACGAUAUAUUUGGGGAGUUUUAAUUGUUUACAGAUAUUUCCAUAAUAACCAAAUGAACGUGUAUUCUAAUACUGUCAAGUAAUGGAACAUUUAAAUAUUUCCACUUACAAAUUUGCUUAAAAUCCAGGCAUUUUAUAAAGAAGAAAACAAAGAGUGGAAUAGUAAUAUUGCUAUAUAAUGUAGAAGUAUGUUAUAAUACAUUAAUUACACGCUAUAAGUUUAUAAUAUUGUUAUCAAAUGUAUUUGUUACUUUGAAGAGGUCCAGUUAAAUAUUGCUUGUAUGAGAGGGGGCGUUACCUGCUGCAUAUCUUUUGGUACAGCUGAAAAUAUGUGCCAAAAUGCAGUCUGUGGGUUUAAGGCAACUAACUAGAUUUAUGGGUUGAAGUUAAUUUAUGGUCCUCAGAGUCCACAGAGCUUGAGUGAUCAGUCUUGACUUUUUAAACACAGUUCUCUGCUCUUUUUCUGGGAUUGCUUUUAGAAUGUCAUAUUGUUGGUUUGCUAAUAUUAUGGAAUAUAAAUUUUCAUCUCACUCCUACCCUGUCUAUUCAACGUGUCUCUCCCUAGGCUACUAGACUGGGGUAAAGGAUGCAGUUCCAUGCCACAGGGAAACAGAAUAAUGGUAAAGCAUUCUAGCAUUUCAAGGAAAAGAGAUCUGGUCACAUGGAGUAUGCCUGUAAAGCUUGAAGUCUCGCCAGAGGCUCUUUAGCUAACAACCUGAUGAGCCUAAUGGGAGAUUUUUCUCUAAAGCCUGCUUACUCCGGUCUUGCACACAGGCACGCCAGACUGCACUGGGGCUGUAAAUAUGUAAAUGAAAUUUUUCUUCAAGAUUUUUUCAGUCUAAAUCUUAUUAUAUAAAUUUCAGUUUGGAAUUAAGAACUAAAACACUGAUUUGCCCAACAACUAGUUUGUACUUUUUCAUCAUACUUUUUAAUCACAGAAAACAUCCCCUUAUAAUGACCAGAGGUAUUCUGUUACUUUUUGUUACUUGUGUUGUUAUUUUUGUCACUUUUCCAAACUUUCACUUGUAAAAUAAAGUGGUUUCUUAAACUAACUACUGUUUGGGUGGGCCAGUAGUAAAGCCACCCUGACUUAUGGAUGUCUCCUCAAUUCUUGCAGAUUCCAGGUUUUCUUAGGUGAUGCUGCCACUAACAUUUUCCUUUUGUCCUUUCCUUUGUUGUUAUUGACCCUGCCCAUCUUACCUAAGACCCCAACUGUCACUCUGUGCUCAAAUACUUCUGGUUUCCUUUUUCUGGUUUCUAGUGCCUAGGGAGUAGGGUUCCUUGGUUCCCAUUGCUAAAAACCAGUUCCUAGAGGAGAAGAAAACCAAACCAAACCAAACUUCUCAAUCGGUAAUAGUUUCUGUAUCUCUUAAGCAUGGUACUGAAAUUCAUUUAAAUUGUGGGUUAAAUAGACUGCCAUGGACUUUGCUGGGAAUUGAACCACAGUGUAAAGCAUUGGCCCAAUGAGAAACUGCUUUAGACAAGGAAUUUGCAAACUAAUUCAGAAAAUAGGUUUUUAGCAGAGACUAUUUCAGGUCAGACUCUGGUUUUAAGCUAGUUUCUUCUUUUUGCCUCUAGUUUGUAUGAUACAUACUUAGUAUAUAUUAUAUGUAAUGUGUGUGUGUAUAUACUGUAUAUAGAUAUGGCAAAAGCCAGUACCUUAACAAAACACAACAAUGAUAUAUUUAUUAAUGAAUACAUAUUUUAUGGUUAAUGAAGGUCCUAAUUGUAAAUUCCUUAUAAAAUUAAGUAAUAAUUUAGAAAGAGAAUAUAUUGUAACCCUGGAUUCUUAGUUUGCCUAAGAAAUUGACACAUACUUGUUUUACCUGUGGAAAUAGAAAUAUAUUUUCUAAAAGCCAAAGCAUUCUACUCACAAAGCAAGAAAAUUUAUGUCAAACCAACAGUGAUUAGAUUUAAUAAUGCAAAUGUGAACUGACUUCUAAAUAAGAAAGGUACAAUUUUUUUCUUCCUUUGGGUUAAACAUAUAUCCAUAUGCUAUGAUAGAUUUCAUGUACAUACAGAAACACACACAUAUAAAUAAUGUCCUGAAUAAUAAAUACAUUCUGGAAGUGAACCUCUUGUCAUUCUAGUUUAGUGCCCUCACAAAGGAAAGAAAAAUUAAGGCACCUCCCCCAAGGCAAGUAAAAUUUUUUUUUUUUACAUAUACUAGUAAUAAAUUUUCCUCUGUUUCAUGUGCUUUUCUUAGUCUAAUCAUUUUGUCACCGUGUUUGCCUUUUUGUAUGCACAUAAAAUAUGUCUGUGGUUUUCUUUUUUUUGUUCAUUAUGAGUUUUUUCCGCUACUUAUAACAGAGCAUUUGGAAGGAAACAUAUUUGCCUCUGUGAAGUACUGGUUCCUUCCCUAACUUCAGAGUGUUAAAGAUAACAGGGUUGGAGAAUUAUAUAAAUAUGGGAACUAUGGGUGGCAAGAAUACCAAUGAAGGUGAUUUUGUGCUUUAAUGUUUGUUUUCUUCUGCUAAUGGGUUUUUUCAGGUCAAUAGCGUGAUAAGUGCUCAUUUAAGAAUAGGUGUCUUAUGUGAAAGAAGUUAAUAAAAGUCUUAUACUAAGUCUUAGAGUGAAUUGCUAGGGAGUCAGAUCCUUUUUGGGAGUUUGAUUCUAUAGUAAACAUAAAUUCUUAUGUACCAAAUGCAAGAAUGACAUGUUUUGCUCUUUCAGUUAUUUCCUUAGGCACAUACCUGUGAC